UCUCUGCUUGUCAAAAGGCAGCAGCCAAGCCGGAGGCGCUGGGAACGCCGAGCAGCGUGUCCACCCGCCGAACCAGAAUCUCUUUGGGCUAAAGAGUCAGACCUCAUAGAAGAGCACGUUUGGGUUCCACUUACCUGCUCCGUGCUCCUUCAGGGAUGGAGGCGAUGGCAGCCAGCACUUCCCUGCCUGACCCUGGCGACUUUGACCGGAACGUGCCCCGAAUCUGCGGAGUAUGUGGAGACCGAGCCACGGGCUUUCACUUCAAUGCUAUGACCUGUGAAGGCUGCAAAGGCUUCUUCAGGCGAAGCAUGAAGCGGAAGGCUUUGUUCACCUGUCCCUUCAAUGGGGACUGCCGUAUCACCAAGGACAACAGGCGCCACUGCCAGGCCUGUCGGCUCAAGCGCUGUGUGGACAUCGGCAUGAUGAAGGAGUUCAUCCUGACGGAUGAGGAGGUGCAGCGGAAACGGGAGAUGAUCCUGAAGCGGAAGGAGGAGGAGGCCUUGAAGGACAGCCUGCGGCCCAAGCUGUCCGAGGAGCAGCAGCGGAUCAUUGCCAUCCUGCUGGAUGCCCACCACAAGACCUAUGACCCCACCUAUGCUGACUUCACCCAGUUCCGGGCACCUGUUCGUGGGGGCGAGAGUGAAGAGAGCCACCCCUCAAGGCCCAACUCGAGAUACACAUCCAGCUACUCCGGAGACUCCUCCUCCUCCUGCUCGGAUCACUACACCACCUCUCCGGACAUGAUGGAGCCGUCCAGCUUCUCCACCCUAGACCUGAGGGAAGAAGACUCAGAUGACCCUUCUGUAACCCUGGACCUCUCCCAGCUCUCCAUGCUGCCCCACCUGGCUGACCUGGUCAGUUACAGCAUCCAAAAGGUCAUUGGCUUUGCCAAGAUGAUCCCAGGAUUCAGAGACCUCACCUCCGAGGACCAGAUUGUGCUGCUGAAGUCAAGUGCCAUCGAGGUCAUCAUGUUGCGCUCCAACGAGUCCUUCACCAUGGACGACAUGUCCUGGACCUGCGGCAGCCCAGACUACAAGUACCGCAUCAGUGAUGUAACCAAGGCUGGACACAGCCUGGAGCUUCUUGAGCCCCUCAUCAAGUUCCAGGUGGGGCUGAAGAAGCUGAACUUGCACGAGGAGGAACAUGUUCUGCUUAUGGCCAUCUGCAUCGUCUCCCCAGACCGUCCUGGGGUGCAGGACGCUGCGCUGGUCGAAGCCAUCCAGGAUCGCCUGUCCAACACACUGCAGACCUACAUCCGCUGCCGCCACCCACCCCCAGGCAGCCACCUGCUCUAUGCCAAGAUGAUCCAGAAGCUGGCUGACCUACGCAGCCUCAACGAGGAGCACUCCAAGCAGUACCGCUGCCUCUCCUUCCAGCCCGAGUGCAGCAUGAAGCUCACGCCCCUCGUGCUCGAGGUGUUUGGCAACGAGAUCUCCUGACUAGGGUGGCCUGCGGUGGCACCUGGGUGGGGCUGCUCCUCCAGGGCCAUGUGCCCAGGCCCAGGGCUGGCCUCUGCCUAGCAGCCCUUCCCACCCCAUCUGGAGGCCAGCCCUUGCUCUACAUGUCCCCUUUCCACCUGGUCCACCCUCUCUCCUGCCCAGCCUCACACCAGGCCCUCCUUUCCAGGCCCCAGGCUGCCCCCAGUCCCUUGAGAUGUCACUGACAAAGGAACUCACAUGGGGGCAGAGGGCACAGGCCAAGGUGGGGCCAUGCCCAGGGAUGCC